AUGGCUGACACCGGUUUACGUAUGAAUUUAACAGCAUUAAAGAGGGCAGACCCAUAUGCGAGAGAAAUAAUUGACAGUGCUACCCACGUCGCACUUUAUACUUUUGAAGAAAACGAAUGGGAGAAAACGAACAUCGAAGGGGCUUUGUUUGUGUACAGUAGAAAUGGGGAACCUUACCAUAGUUUGGUGAUUAUGAACAGAUUAAAUACAAACAAUCUUAUUGAACCUGUUUCUAGAGGAAUUGAAUUGCAAUUAAAAGAACCAUUUUUAUUGUAUCGAAACGCGAAGUGUCGUAUUUACGGCAUAUGGUUUUACGAUAAAGACGAAUGCAUCAGAGUUGCGACGAAAUUGAACUCUUUAGUGAAGGAUUCUAUAAAAGGCCCUAACGAAAUGUCUCAAAAUCCUGCAUAUUCAGCUCCGGCGAAGACUAACGCGUCAGUUGAUAUAUUUAGCAUGUUGAGCAAAGCUCAAGAUGAUUUUAAUACUAAUAAGGGAUUGACAAAUAAUAAAAAUGACUUAACACCGACGAGAGCGCCAGAUAUGGCUUCACAGAGUGUGAUGGAUUUCUUCGCCAAGGCUGGCAGUGGUGCGGCAGCGCAAAUGCCUGCUGUAUCCUCUCUUCCAUCUCCGGGGAUGUUUGGACCGCGGCCAAACGAUGUACGAGAGACGCCAUUACUUCUACAAAGACUGAUGAGUAAUCCAGCCCAUUCUGUUGAGCAUAUAGAAAAGCAGCAGAGAUCUGUUACACCUCAAGAAGCCCAAUCUUCAAAUGGGAAUGUCUCCAUAGAUCCAAUGAUGAGACAGAACAGUUCUUUCCAACUCAAGUCUACGCCACUAGACAAGCACAGCCAGCACAGGAUAACUAAUCUUCAGAAAAUCCAAUUAGACGGUGACACCAACGGGCCUAAUCCUUUGGAGAAUGAACUGAAUCUAAUGCAUAUCUCUUCCCCCAAGCCUACAUCCCCAUUAGCUACGUACUUGAACCACACUCAAGAUAUUGGACACCAGGUGGGAUCCUAUAACGGUGGUAAGUUGGAGGAGGUUGGAGGUGUGUUCCCCAUCAUGAACUCCCUGACAAAUCAACAGAAACCAGCCCUGAUGCCACCGACGAUGUUCACAGCUAUACCCGGGAAUGACAUUCAGCCAUCCCCAGAACCUCUCACGAGGAAUCAACUAUUACAGGCUGUUAAUUAUCUCCUAAGACAUGAUGCUGACUUUGUCAACAAACUGCAUGAAGCUUAUGUGAAAUCAUUUUCAGAAAAGCCUUUUUCUACCCAUUAG